AUGUUCGCAAAGAUUAUAAUGUCCGUUUUGAUUUUUCUCGAAACAAUCUUUUGUUGUUACGCCCCUAAGUUGAUAAACAAACUGGCUAGAUAUAAGAAUGAAUGGUUCAAUGUAGACAACUUAAACAACGCCACCAGCGGAGCUCUGCUGGCGCUAGCUAUUACCCAUCUGUUACCGGAAGGAUUCCAAAAUGACUGCAAGAAGUUUACAAUUUUAAAAUCGGUCGACAUGAGAGGAUUCAUUGUUGUGGCUCCGAUUUUGAUGUUGGUCACAAUCGACUUUUUAGCAGGCCAUCAUUGUGGAAAUCAGGCCAAGGAAGAACCACAAUUGUCUUUACCGGAAGAAGAAAUAUCUGGCGAUGUGGAAAACGUCUGCAUUGAAAACCAAUGUACGACCAGCACCUCCUGCGCAUCAGAUGUGCUGUGUGACCAUAAGAAUCUCAAGAUUGACCAAAUAAUUGUUAACCUGAGGAUGAUAUUCAGCACAAGGUCGCUGUACCUGCUUUUGGCAUUUUACGGACAUUCUAUACUAGAAGGAUCUUUAAUCGGCUCGGAAAAUGGCUCAGCAUCGUGGGCAAUGGGAUUCGGAAUACUAGCCCACAAAUGGGCGGAAUGCCUGCUGCUGAUAUCAAUCCUAUCGAAUUUGAUAUACAAGGAGUGGAUUAGACACCUUUGCAUAUUGUUUUUCUCACUGUGUGUGCCAGUAGGAGUGUUUAUCGGAUACCACACAGUGUCGAAAUCGGACGGAAUAUGUUACACUGUAUUCUCACUGCUGGCAGUCGGAUUCUUCAUAUACCUGUCAUUUGAGUUGUUCACGGGAAACACAGGCCAGAAAACAAAGUCGAGAAUAAUACUGUUGUUAUUCUUUAUCCUGGGCUCGCUGCUAAUGUCUAUGAUAUUAGCAAUGUCAAACGUACUGGAGAGUAAAUCGUAA